AGCAGCGUUGCUGCUGCCGCCGCUGCCGCCGCCUCAGCUGCAACCGGAGUUGGAGGAGGGAAAAGCCAGGAUGAAAAUGGCGGCUGUGGCUGCAGAGGCGGCAGCGACUGCAGCGUCCCCCGGGGAGGGGGGCGCCGGCGAGGCCAAGCCGGAGAUGGAGCCCAUCCCCGGCAGCGAGGCCGGCACUGACCCCCUCCAGGUCAUGGCCACUGAAGCGUCUGUGCCGGACGGCGAGGCAGACGGGCAACAGUCAGCUCCUCAGGCCGACGACCCGCCGCCGCCGACGCCGACGCCACCGCCACCGCCGCCGCCGCCAGGGGAGCUCGCCCGCAGCCCGGAGGCAGCGGGGCCGGAGCUCGAGGCUGAGGAGAAGCUGCCGGAGGAGCCGGCGGCAGUUGCUCCUCAGGAAGGACCCGACCUUCCUCCCUCCCCUGCACCGCCGCCCAAGCAGCCCCCGGCUCCGGAGGAGCGCGAGGAGACGCCGCUGCCCCAGCCCGCAGCCCCGGCGCUCGUGCCGCGGGCGGGCGGGGACUCCGCGGGGUCGCAACUGAUCCCGGGCUCAGAGGUGCGGGUCACGCUGGACCACAUCAUUGAGGACGCGCUCGUCGUGUCGUUCCGCCUCGGGGAGAAGGUCUUCUCAGGAGUCCUCAUGAAUCUGUCCAAAAGGUUUGGGCCUCAUGGGAUCCCUGUGACAGUAUUUCCCAAAAGGGAAUAUAAGGAUAAACCGGAAGCCAUGCAGCUGCAAAGUAACACAUUCCAAGAAGGGAUAGAGGUCAAGCACGAAGUGAAUGGUGCUGCUCCUGAGGACCCUUCUCCUGUCCCACCGCCUGAGCUGAACUUGGCUGAAAGCUUGUGGACUUCCAAACCACCACCUCUCUUCCACGAAGGAGCACCUUAUCCUCUCCCUUUGUUUAUCAGGGACACAUAUAACCAAUCAAUACCUCAGCCACCUCCUCGGAAAAUUAAGCGACCCAAACGAAAAAUGUACAGGGAAGAACCCACAUCAAUAAUGAAUGCUAUUAAACUACGCCCCAGGCAAGUCCUAUGUGAUAAAUGUAAAAACAGUGUUGUUGCUGAAAAAAAGGAAAUUAGAAAAGGUAGUAGUGUAAGUGACUCUACUAAAUAUGAAGACAAAAAGCGGAGAAAUGAAAGUGUAACUACUGUGAACAAAAAACUGAAAACUGACCAUAAAGUGGAUGGGAAAAACCAAAAUGAAAGCCAGAAAAGAAAUGUCGUGGUUAAAGUUUCAAAUAUUGCUCACAGCAGAGGCAGAGUAGUUAAAGUUUCUGCUCAGGCAAAUACAUCAAAAGCUCAGUUAAAUACUAAAAAAGUGCUCCAGAGUAAGAAUAUGGAUCAUGCGAAAGCUCGGGAUGUGUUGAAAAUUGCCAAAGAAAAGGCACAAAAGAAGCAAAGUGAAACCUCUACUUCCAAAAAUGUGCAUUCAAAAGUCCAUUUCACACGUCGCUAUCAGAAUCCUAGCUCAGGUUCCCUUCCUCCCUGGGUUCGUUUAAAACCGCAGAGGUACAGGAAUGAAGAAAAUGACUCUUCUCUGAAGACGGGACUUGAGAAAAUAAGGAGUGGCAAGAUGGCGUCCAAACCCCAGUCCCACUGCACCUCUACCCGCUCAGCAGGUGAGGCCCCUUCAGAAACUCAGAGUCCCUCAAAAGGCCCUGAAGAGGCCAGCAGUGAGGUUCAGGACACAAAUGAAGUGCAUGUGCCUGGUGAGCAGGAUGAACCACAGACAUUGGGCAAAAAGGGCAGCAAAAGCAAUAUCUCUGUUUACAUGACCCUAAAUCAAAAGAAAUCUGACUCUUCCAGUGCUUCAGUGUGUAGCAUUGAUAGCACAGAUGAUUUGAAAUCUUCCAACUCUGAGUGUAGCUCUUCUGAAAGCUUUGAUUUUCCUCCAAGCAGUAUGCAUGCACCUUCCACCUCCUCCACUUCCUCCUCUUCAAAGGAAGAGAAAAAGCUCAGUAAUUCUUCGAAAAUGAAAAUCUUUUCCAAAAACGUCUCUCAAUGCAUCACACCAGAUGGCAGGACCAUAUGUGUAGGGCACAUUGUUUGGGCUAAGAUAUAUGGCUUUCCUUGGUGGCCAGCCCGUAUUCUUACUAUAACCGUGAGCCGGAAAGAUAAUGGCCUAUUGAUCCGACAGGAGGCCCGUAUUUCAUGGUUUGGGUCUCCAACAACAUCUUUCCUUGCUCUUUCGCAACUCUCUCCCUUUCUAGAAAACUUCCAGUCACGCUUUAAUAAGAGAAAGGGCCUGUAUCGCAAGGCCAUCACAGAGGCAGCCAAGGCAGCCAAGCAGCUGACCCCUGAAGUGCGGGCUCUUUUGACACAGUUUGAAACGUGAACACGGACAGUAAGGUAGGCAAGGACCAUUGGAAGGCGCCAUAGAUAUUCUAGUCUAGUCAGGAAUAAUUUCUAUGAGGUAGCUUGGCCAAAUUGGAGAGAGAAAUUGCACUCAGUUGGCUGACAUUUUUAUACUUAACUUAUAGCCAUUUUUAGACUGAGAAGCUUAAACUGAACAUGCAAUCAAAUUUUGUCUUAAGGAAGUGAGAUUUUAGCAGUAUUUUUCAGUUCUGAAAUCUAAAACCAUCCCAAGGCAUAGGAGCCAUAGCCUCAAGUGAAAUUGAAUUUUUGCAGGGACUGUUAAUUGCCAUUUGUACCUAAAUCUGUAUGUGUGUGUAUAUGCAGACACACACACACACCUAUAUAAAAUAUGGCCUGUCACUAUGUGACAUGGGUUGAAUAUUUGGGAUUGUAGUAAGGGCUAGUGAGCUGGGAGGAUAGUGUGGAUAUUUAAUGACUACUAGUUUUUAAAUUAAUGAACAGCCUUUUUAUGUGCAUAUUGGUGUAAAAGUUUGAUACUUGGGUGUUUCACAAACAGAUGCUUGCUAUUCAGUUAGACUGGGGAAAUAGGCUACUAUUUGGGAUCAACACUGUCAAAAAAUGGAUAGGUUUGAAUCUUUAUCUUUUGUCCUGUGGGAAUUUGACAAAACUUUCAAGCUUUUAGUUUGGGAGUUUAGAUACAUUUGAUUUCUGGAUAUGUAAAUGGUUGAUAGCUAAAUUUGGUCAGAUUUCUCCUGACUGGCUGUUCCUAAAUUCUUAGGAUACAUCCUAGUGAAUUACACUUUGUGAAUUAAUUGUCAUUAUGUGUAAUUGUUGCAUUUUGGAUGCACCUAAUUUGAUAAUAUUUUUAAAAAAAUAUUUAUUUUAAGGUAUCUGUUUGCAGGUCAGAAAAUGAGAAAAUGUAAUUGUGAAUGAUCUGAAAUGUAAAAAACAAAAAAAGCUGUAAAAAAUAUCGACUAAAUCCAAAAAACAAAAAAAGAAUAUAGAGCACAGGAAAAUAUACAAACAAACCAAAGAAAAGAAGGGGAAAUUAGAAAUCUAAAAAAUACUGUCAGGAAUCUUCAGGAUACUAUUAAAAAAAAAACAACAUUUGGGUUCUAGGAGAUCCUGAAGGCAUGGAGAGGGAGAAAGGAUUAGAAGGCCUUUUUAGUGAGAUAUUAGCAGAAAACUUCCCAGGUUUGGAGAAGGACAGAGACAUCCUAGUACAGGAAGCUCAUAGAACCCAUAAUAAACAUGACCAAAAGAGAUCCUCACCAUGAUAUGUGGUAAUUAAACUCACCACAGUGAAACAUAAAGAAAAGAUCCUAACAUGUGCAAGAGAGAAACGUCAGAUUACUCUCAGAGGAUCUCCAAUCAGACUCACAGCUGACUUCUCAUCAGAAACCCUACAAGCUAGGAGGGAAUGGCGAGACAUAGCCCAGGUACUAAGACAGAAAAACUGCCAGCCCACAAUAUUAUAUUCUGCUAAGCUCUCAUUUGUGAGUUAAGGUGAAAUAAAGACCUUGCACAACAGAAAUUGAAAGACUUUGUGGCCACUCGUCCAGCCCUGCAAAAGAUGCUUAAAUGUGUUGCACACAGAAACACAGAAACACGGUCAUCAAUAUGAAAGAAGGUAAAUGAAGGAAAUCUCACACCAAAAGAUAAACAGGAAGUUCAAAACAUAUAUCAGAAAAUAUCUUUGGCAAAUUGCAGGACAAAGCUACUACUUAUCAAUAGUCACAUUGAACGUUAAUGGCCUGAACUGUCCAGUUAAAAGACACCGAUUGGCUGAUUGGGUAAAGGAACAAAACCUAUCUAUUUGCUGCUUACAAGAAACACAUUUUUCCAAUAAAGAUCCAUACAGACUGAAAGUGAAAGGCUGGAAAAAGAUAUACCAUGCCAACAGAAAUGAAAAAAGAGCGGGCAUAGCCAUCUUAAUAUCGGACAACAUAAACUUUACACAAAAACUGUUAGGAGAGACAAAGAGGGGCACUAUAUAAUGAUUUAGGGAUCAAUUCAACAGGAAUAUAUAACGAUUAUCAAUGUAUAUGCACCUAAUUACAGGGCACCAGUUUAUUUAAAAUAUUUGUUAAGGGACUUAAAGGGAGACUUAAACCCCAAUACAAUAGUACUGGGGG